UUGCUCUGGGUUGGGGCAGAUAGUAGCUAGAGCUAUCGCCCUCACGGGGCCUGACCAGAAGGAUUGCAGAAAUCGCUGUGAUUUUACCUUCCCCUGGGAGCUCUGUUGGAGGCACAUGAGAUUUCAUUCUCCACAGUUAAUUUCUAUAAGACGCUCACAAAGCUCAACACCUGCCUGCUCUAAACCUCUGCAUCUCAGCUCACCUCCCCUGGGAUUCCAAUAAACUGAAGCAGAGAUUCAACAAGGUGUCAGCGGGCUUGAAGAAGAAUGCUCCGAGGCCGAUCCUUGUCUGUGACGUCCCUGAGUGGGCUUCCUCAGUGGGACGCGGACAAACUUCCUGUGGAGGAUUUACUGCUCUUUGAAAUUUCUUGGGAGGUGACCAAUAAAGUUGGAGGCAUUUGUACUGUGAUUCAGACAAAGGCUAAGACGACAGCGGACGAGUGGGGUGAAAACUACUUUCUGAUAGGGCCUUAUUUUGAGCAUAAUAUGAAGACUCAGGUGGAGCAGUGUGAACCCGCGAACGAAGCUGUCCGACAAGCCAUGGACGCUAUGAAUAAGCACGGCUGCCAGGUGCAUUUUGGAAGGUGGCUGGUAGAAGGGAGUCCGUACGUGGUGCUCUUUGACAUAGGCUAUUCUGCGUGGAACCUGGACAGGUGGAAGGGCGACUUCUGGGAAGCAUGCAGCGUUGGGAUCCCUCAUCAUGACCGGGAAGCCAAUGAUAUGCUUAUAUUUGGAUCUUUAACUGCUUGGUUCUUAAAAGAGGUGACAGAUCACGCAGAUGGUCAACAUGUUAUUGCCCACUUCCAUGAAUGGCAGGCUGGAACUGGGCUAAUUCUUUCUCGGGCCCGGAAACUCCCGAUUGCCACAAUAUUCACAACCCACGCCACGCUACUUGGGAGGUAUCUGUGUGCGGCGAACACCGAUUUCUACAACCACCUUGAUAAGUUUAACAUCGACAAAGAGGCUGGAGAAAGGCAGAUUUACCAUCGCUACUGCAUGGAGCGGGCUUCGGUUCACUGCGCUCACGUGUUCAGCACUGUGUCUGAAAUAACCGCAAUCGAGGCAGAGCACAUGCUGAAGAGAAAGCCCGAUGUAAUUACUCCAAAUGGCUUGAACGUUAAGAAGUUUUCAGCAGUGCAUGAGUUUCAAAAUCUGCAUGCCAUGUACAAGGCCAGGAUUCAAGAUUUUGUUCGAGGUCAUUUCUAUGGUCACCUCGACUUUGAUCUUGAAAAGACUUUAUUCCUUUUCAUUGCGGGGAGGUACGAGUUUUCCAACAAAGGAGCCGACAUCUUCCUAGAAUCCUUAUCCAGACUAAACUUCCUGCUGAGGAUGCAUAAAAGUAACGUCACGGUGGUAGUGUUUUUCAUCAUGCCUGCCAAGACAAACAAUUUCAACGUGGAAACCCUCAAAGGACAGGCUGUGCGGAAGCAGCUAUGGGACACUGCACAUUCAAUGAAGGAAAAGUUUGGAAAGAAACUCUAUGAUGGCUUGUUAAGAGGAGAAAUUCCUGACAUGAAUAGUAUUUUGGAUCGAGAUGACCUAACAAUUAUGAAAAGAGCCAUAUUUUCAACUCAGCGACAUUCUCUGCCGCCCGUGACGACUCACAACAUGAUCGAUGACUCCACAGAUCCCAUCCUCAGCACCAUUAGACGCCUCAGGCUUUUCAACAGCCGCUCCGACAGAGUCAAGAUAAUUCUGCACCCAGAGUUUUUAUCCUCCACCAGCCCUCUAUUGCCCAUGGAUUAUGAAGAGUUCGUCCGCGGUUGUCAUCUCGGUGUAUUCCCAUCAUACUAUGAACCCUGGGGUUAUACUCCAGCCGAAUGCACGGUGAUGGGGAUCCCCAGUGUGACCACAAACCUCUCUGGCUUUGGUUGUUUCAUGCAGGAGCAUGUAGCUGAUCCAACAGCUUACGGUAUUUACAUUGUUGAUAGGCGGUUCCGCUCUCCAGAUGAUUCUUGCAAUCAGCUGACCCAGUUUCUCUACGGAUUUUGCAAACAAUCACGCCGCCAAAGAAUCAUCCAGAGGAACCGGACUGAGAGGCUCUCAGAUCUUCUGGACUGGAGAUACUUGGGCAGAUAUUACCAGCAUGCCAGACAUCUGACUUUAAGCAGAGCUUUUCCAGAUAAUUUCCAUGUGGAAACUAUGUCACUGCCAACGACAGAUGGAUUUAAAUACCCCAGGCCUUCCUCUGUACCACCCUCCCCAUCAGGGUCUCAGGCCUCCAGUCCUCAGAGCAGCGAUGUGGAAGAUGAAAGUGAGGAUGAGCGAUACAACGAGGAGGAGGAGGCGGAAAGGGAUCGGUUAAAUAUUAAGUCGCCCUUUCCUCUGAGCCACAUGCCUCGUGGGAAGAAAAAGCUGCAUGGUGAAUACAAGAACUGAAUGCCAUCCUCGCUGAGUUGAGCUGCUUCAGUAAGAACACAGUCCGAGUGAUUAUUUAAAAGGAUGAAAAUGCCAUAUUUCGCUUCAUUUUCUUCUCAGAAUCACAGUGGAAUUUAUUCUCUGCCUAGAAAGUAGAGAGUACAUGAAUGGCAAUUUUGUAAUUUAGAAUAAAAUCGAAGUUAUGAUUGCUCAUGUUUUUCCUGUAAAUUUAGGUAGGAGGAGGAAUUUUUUUUUUUUUGUACCAGGAAUUGAACUCACGACCUCAAGCUUGCCAGGCAGGUGCUUAUGCUGCUGAGCUAUAUCCCCAGCCCCAAGGAGGAGGAAUGUUAAAGGAACAAGACUGGCAGUUUUUAACAGUUGUUGAUGUAGGCAAUACAAAUAUCCUUUUACCAGUAGUUUUUUUUCUCUUCAGUCCUGAGAAUGGAAUUCUCAACCUUUGUACCGAGCUACAUCCCUCAGCCUUUUUUAUGUUUAUUUUUUUUGAGACAGGGUCUUACUAAGUAGCCAAGUUGCCUAGCCUGGGUUUGAAUUUGUAAUCCUCCUGCUUUAGCCUCCCAGAGUGCUGGGAUUAUACAUACGUAUGUGCCAUAAUGUCCAGCUCAGGGUUUGUUUUUUCAUUAGUCAUCAUCAUACUUCUGUGUUUAGUAUUUAGACAACAUCUGCGCUGAACCAUGCAAACCUCCCAUUUGGUUCCCAAAGAUCCUCAUUUGUGGGAAAAAGAGGUCCAGAAGUCUGGUUGACGGCCGUGGCGGAGGGACGAGUCUGAGCAAACUCAGACUCCUCGGCAAACCGCGUAAAUCGCCUUGCCUAGGCUGUCCCGCUCUGACCUCUUAUUUCCACACCGCCCCCGUCAAUAAUACCACCUCCAAACCAUGCCCCUAGCCCGCCUCUAUUGCUACGCCUCUAGCCUGCUCUAUAAAACAGCUGAUACUUCCACAAUAAAAUCGGAUCUGCGCCAUCAGCCUGAUCUCCGGUGUCUUCCUUGCACCGUGUCGCUGCUUACCACUGGCCCAGGUCCCUGGACCUCAGGAGGUUCAACCUCACUCAUUGUAGCUAUGAAUGUUCACUACUUACGUAUUUUAAAUAACUCUUACUGAUCUCUCACUGAAAUCAGUGAUAGAUGUUGCCACCUAUAGUAUAUCAACUUACUGUAACAUUCUUUUCUUGUGUAAAUGGAAAGCUUAGACUGGGAGUGGUGGUGCAUGCUUGUGGUCCCAGCACUUAGGAGGCUGAGGAAAGAGGAUCUCUGUGAGUUUGAGGCCUA